AUGGAGCAGGAGUUUCCACGGGUCAGCUCCCAGGUUCCCUUGUCUCCGCGGGGUGGCGAGGACGAGGAGCGGGGCUCGGACGGCGAGUACGUCGAGCGCGGCACGUGGACCGGCCGCUUCGACUUCAUACUCUCUCUUCUGGGGUACUCGGUCGGCCUGGGAAACGUCUGGAGGUUUCCAUACCUCGUCUACAGCAAUGGAGGCGGAGCUUUCCUGAUCCCGUUCUUUGUGAUGAUGAUCCUUGCGGGACUUCCGCUCAUGUUCAUGGAACUGUCCUUCGGGCAGUACUCUAGUCUGGGGCCCAUCGCCAUCUUUGAGCGCUUCUGCCCUCUCUUCCAUGGUCUAGGCUACGGUAUGGUGAUUGUGUCCGGCAUCGUCAUGCUCUACUACAACCUGAUCAUCGCCUGGACACUGUUCUAUAUGUUCGCAUCCUGGUCCAAAUCGCUGCCUUGGGAAAAGUGUGACCCGGAGUGGUGCACUCCAGCUUGUUACCAGUACGAAGACGCCGACGCGUGCUUUAGGAUCAACGGAUCCUACUACAACCAGACCUGCUUCAACCAAAGUAUGGCGCAAGAACUCAAUAUAUCGGCCCUCGUGAAGAACAUGACAAAGCGAACGCCGUCGGCUGAAUACUUCAGGUUCUUCGUGCUAGGAGAGUCUCCCAGUAUACGAGAAACGGGCGAGAUACGGUGGCCUUUGGCCUUGUGCUUGCUGCUUGCCUGGAUCAUUGUCUUCCUAUGCCUCUGCAAAGGCGUCCAGUCCUCGGGAAAGGUGGUGUACUUUACUGCCCUCUUUCCCUACGUGGUGCUGGUGAUAUUGUUUUUCCGCGGUGUUACCUUACCCGGUGCCUACGAAGGAAUCAUGUUCUACGUCACGCCCAAUUGGAGGCUACUACUUACCCCGCAGGUCUGGGGAGAUGCGGCGGUGCAGAUAUUUUUCGCUCUGAGUCCGGCCUGGGGUGGACUCAUCACGCUGUCGUCUUACAACAAGUUCCACAACGACUGCUACAAGGACUCCCUAAUCGUGUCGGUGAGCAAUGUCCUGACGAGCAUCUUUGCCGGCUUUGUGAUCUUCUCGGUCAUCGGAUACCUGGCUCACGAGCUCAACGUGGAGGUGGAGCACGUCGUCGACCAGGGUGCCGGACUCGCCUUCAUCGUCUAUCCCGAAGUGGUGGCCCGACUGCCUAUCGCGCCCCUCUGGGCCUUCCUCUUCUUCUUCAUGCUGCUCACUCUCGGCCUCGACAGUCAGUUUGCUCUCCUAGAGACUGUGUCAACCGCAAUCUUUGACCGGUUCCCAAACCUGAGAGAAAAGAAGACGUUUGUGGUUCUCGCAAUAUCAGUUUUCGGCUACCUGGGCGGCCUAAUAUUCACGACGCGGGCUGGAGUUCACUGGCUGGAGCUGUUCGACAAGUACGCCGCAAGUUUGUCUGUGCUAAUCAUCGCCAUCGGAGAGUGCACCAUUAUCUCCUGGUACUAUGGCGCGGAGAAGUUUCUCUGCGACAUCGAGAAAAUGAUCGGAUCUCGCUCCUACGCCUGGACUAAGUUCUGGACCAUCAUGUGGAAAUACUUCACACCAGCCACGUUAGUGUUCAUUCUGAUCUUCAACAUCGUGGAGCACUCUCAAGCGAAGGGCAGCGACUACCCACCUUGGGCCAUCGGCGUCGGCUGGACUAUCGUGUUCAUACCUCUCGCCACUAUUCUCGUCCUCAUGGUCAUCAAGCUCUGCUCAGUGCCUAAGGGCAGCCUGGGACACCGCGUGGCCGUCACCAUGAGGCCGACCGAGGGCUGGGGCCCGGCGCAGACGCAGCAGUCACUGAGGCCCGACGCCACGGACGAGAAUGGUAGCAUGAACGGCGGUAUCGGACGCGAGAACUCCUUCGACAACCCUUCCUUCAACGUGACGUACACGUUCGAGACGACCAUCUGAUGACUGCAGGACCUCUGCACCUCCCUGCGAAGCAAGAACAGGUCCAACGACUGAGUCCCAGCCGCCUUCGAGGGCGGCUUAAGCGGACUCAGCGGCGGAGGUGCAGAACGGAGCGCUGCAGUAGCCUGCGCUCCAACAAUCAAAGCGGAUGACUAAGGAGCACCGAGUUGGCCUCAGUCCUCCCUUCCAGCUCACUUACUCGGUCUGAGAACUCGUGUGGACACUCGGUGCCAGGUGACACGUGCGCAGUGCCAUGGUUUUCGUCUUUGAGGAUGCGCCGCUUUGGGAUUCAGGAUGUCACGAGGCAACAGGCCUCAUCGUGAACGCUUGUUUAUUAGUGAGUGAUCUCUGCCGCAGGAUAGAGAGAAAAGAUGGAUGCGAGAAUGCGCUCCCUUUAGCCUGGCCAGCUUGUCCAUCGGAAUCGGACGCGCUGAGAUUUCUAUCGAAUGGCUCAGCAAAGUUCACCUUUUUGAGCUGUUCUGGCUGGAGAAGGCGACACACCGAGAGAAAAGAGAACUCGGUAUGAAGGUUCAGCCGAAGCAGUAGCGCCACCUUUUCACCCCACAGCCGACUCAACGGAAGAAAAGCUUCGUGCUUUACGUGGGCGUGGGUCAGAAUUUCAGUGAGAGAUACAGUGUGCCCUUCAAAAAUUUUCUCUAGCAAUGACGUCCUCAGUCGAGCGAGGUGAACGUAGAUCAUGAUACGAAUAGUCGUUCACGUGUGUCGUUUUAUUUUAUUUACAAUAUGUCACGUCGCAUUAUGUUGUUCGCUCACUGACAUUGUUUUUAAUGUUACUUUGAACUGAACCGUGACGUGUGAAUAGCUGCAUUUCUCCUUUUACUUCUUUCACGGUGCGUUUGUGUGGCUCUGUUUCCUGGUGAAGCAACCAUCACGCCGCCGAUAUUUCCUUGCUGACCUCAAGUCAUCUCUGAUCUCUUCACUACACUUUCAACUUGUGAGGAUGACUUCGAACCCGAUCAUCUUUGCGGCUUCUGAACUCAUCUCGAUGAAAACCACUCGAAAAACAGCGUUUCGUACGCCUUUAAAGCGAGGCAACAUUCAGCACGUCUAACACAUGCUAGCUGAAAAAAAGUGACCUCACAUUCUCAUGAUUUCUAAACAACCGACAUACGUGUUGGGCACAUUCCAGAGAACAUGACGUCAGCAAGCACAUUCGGCAACCCUAAUCGUGCCGCUAGCGGCGUCUGCAUGUGAUUCUGAUAUUCAUACGAGAUACAUGUAAAAUAUAGCAUCGUCAAGAAUGACAUGAAGUUUAUUUCUCCCGACACAGCACUGCUUGUACAAAACGGUGUAUUGUUGAUAGUCUGCUUAUUUAUUCCUUCACUGUCGCUCUUGUUGACGAUUAAUGGUUGAGUUUGGAGAAAUUUAUGUGACGCUCCUUCAAUGAAGGUUCCGUGUCGUUGUCGUGUAUGCGUGUGACUUUCUUCUUCUUUCACGUCCGAGACAGUGUUUGCUGGUGUGAACGAAUGCUCCUGUGCUUAUGUAUCGCAUAUGUUUUGCUUUCCCUUCAUUUCGCAAUGAGAGGACGAACACCCACCGCGAUGCUGUGUAGACUUAGAAGAAUCGUACGCUGACCUGCUUAGUUGGUGUUACAUUAGUCGUGUAGUACGUGCAGUUUAUGGUGAUGUUGUCAUGCUGUUUCCAAGUGCUUAGAAUGUGAUCACAGAAAUUCCUUGUCACGAGUAUACGCCGUGAUGUGUGAUUUCCUCAAGUCAUUGACGCGCAUAGCUUAUAGUAUAUCAAGUUAUAUAGCUUUGUAAGUAAGAAAAUGACAUUUGCAAAACUAACGAAGUGCUUGACAUUGUACAUUGAGAUGACAAGUUAUUUUGCAUAGUUACAUUUUUGUAGAGUGUAGCAACGUUAUGUUAAGCAAGCACUGCGCAGCCAUCACCGCUCGGCUGCUGCAGCGACCGCUUACUGCUGAGAAGUUCACGAUCGCUGCCAUUGGAUGGUUCGCGUAGCAUAACACGACAUUUCACGUGCACGGGUUUCUGUUACGCAGCGGACGUUCCGCUAUGCCAGUGCGAAAUGCGUGCGUUAGUCAUUCCAACUUGAUGUUUUGUCCGAAUUGCUAGUCGCACGUAAACUCUGGGAGUCGUAGUGCCGCUCUAAUUUGUCCUCGUUGUUACAGGGUUGCGUUCCUGUGCGAAGUUGUUUUUGUUUGACAUUUAAUAGCACCUGACUGAUAAUCUCAUGGCUUUAUGUUACACCAGUAAUUUGCCAAUGUUGAGUGAGCUUUUACUUUGGAUUCGCCUCGGUGAACUUGCCAACGCGCCCAAGAUCCGGGCCAAGGCGCCAGGCAAAUUACCUUGGCUACCAUUUUACUAAUAAUAUUAACUCGAGCGGUAAUAAAGGAACCGAAAAGUGGUGGUAAUCACGAUUCCCAGACCGUGAAA